AUGGGACUUUGGGUUGCCGGAUCGCCCGUUGCCGCUCUGUCUGCCUCGCCAGCAACACCGCCACAGGCACAACAAUCUGCGUGUCUGCAUCUCCGUGAUGCAUACAGUGCCGUGACUUUUCUACAGGGUGACCUGCAGUAUUCCAAGCUAAGGACAAAGAACUGGUCCCGCACGGCUUGGAGAACACCUUCUUGCAUCUUCCGGCCAACUAGCACGCGGCAGCUACAAGGUGCCCUACCGCUACUGGUCAAAUCCAAGACCAAGUUUGCAAUUCGGUCUGGGGGUCAUUCGCCCUCGCCUCAGGCUGCCAAUAUUGACGGUGGCGUGUUGAUUGACCUUUCCGGCUUCAACAGAGUUGCUUACAAUGCCGCUUCCCAGGUCGCAGUUAUAGGCUCUGGCCUUACCUGGGGAGAGGUGUAUGCCCAAUUGGACCCUUUUGGUGUCACCGUGGUUGGUGGUAGAGUUGUUUUGGCCAACGGAACCACUGUCAAUUCCAGCGAGACGCACCAUAAAGACCUGCACUGGGCUCUCAAAGGUGGGAUAAACAACUUUGGUAUUGUAACAUCUUUCACCGUGUCGACAUAUAGCAUUGGCAAGGUUUGGGCCGGGAUUAAAACUUACAAGCUGGAGCAGCUUCCCGCGCUCUAUGAUGCCAUGCUCAAGUAUCAGUUCACCCCGGAAAAGGAUCCCUAUGCGAACCUCAUGCUGCAAGGCUUUUUUAGUAAGGAAACCACGGGCAUCAUGCUGAGUCUGGUCUACCUCAAACCACAGGAGUUCCCGAGCGCAUUUGCGCCCUUCUAUCACAUUAACGCCACGUCAGACUCGAUGAGAAUGUCAAACUUUAGCGAGUUUAUCGCUGGACAAGGUCCACCAAGUUUUCCGCCGAGAGCAUACUUCCGCACAGCAGUUUUUGAGCCCGGCCAGCAGCUUUACAACUCCCUGACUAGCUUGAUGGGGAAUUCGGGUGCCUUGAAACGCGUCAAGUCUAUGAAGAACGGAACCGUAGCGUUUGGGAUGCAACCUAUAUCUACAGGACUUGUUCAGGCAGGCCGCGAUCGCGGCGGAAACGCGUUGGGCCUGAAUCUGGUCAACCAGACGUGGUUCGUCAUCAAUUCGGGCUGCGAGUUCGCCGAGGACGAUGAACUACUGCGCAGCGCUACCCAUGACAUCCUUGGAUCGAUAGUCGAGCAAUCGAAAACGGAGCAAACGCACCUUCCUUAUCUCUUUAUGAACGACGCAGGCUGGGACCAGAAUGUGCUCGGCUCGUAUGGACGCGACAACGUCGCAAGACUGCGAGAGGUGCAGGCCAAGUACGAUGAGAGUCAAGUUUUUCAGCAACUAGUACCUGGAGGAUACAAAAUACCUCCACUUUGUAAAUAG